AUUCAAUUUUGUUUUUCUUGAUAAAAAGUUUUUCUAAAAUUUGUACAUGAAAUUUUUGUAUUUUGUGAAAUGAGAAAAUCUCAGAAAAGGGGUUAUGUGUGCAUCAGGUCAUUAUUUGGCCUUUUAAACGGACUAUUCUGGAUACUUGGUGGUGGAGUGGUUGGAAUUGCAAUCUGGCUACGAAUAUCUUACAGUGGAUUUGUCUCACUUCUGCCUCAACAUGAGCUUCUGAGUUUGGACUCAGUAGGUCUCAUAAUUGGUGCAGUUUUAUUUCUUGUUGCAUUUUGUGGCCUCAUUGGAGCCUGGUUUAUGAGCCCCUGCCUUCUCAUUUCAUACUUCAUAUUAAUUUCCAUAUUAUGUGGAGCUGAGCUGGUUUGUGGAAUCUUUGGUGUUCUAUACAGGGAGAUAUUCUCUGCAUCACUUCAGCAAGAACUGCUCACUGGUAUCCAGGCACAUUAUAAUACAUCAAAAGAAUAUACUGGAAUUACUUUUGCAUGGGAUCACAUUCAGUACCAGCUCAGCUGUUGCGGUGUUCAGCAUUAUGAAGACUGGUUCAACAUUUCUGCAUGGCCUGGGAAUUUUUAUGUUCCUCAUUCAUGCUGCAUCCCAUCAUUUCAGUACAUGAGUGAUUGUGGUCAGUUAGAAGAAGUUUCCAUGUGGUUUCCGUCUGGUUGCUAUAACAAAGCUCAGAUUUGGUUGAAAGAGCGCAUUCAUCUAGUCGGUAUAAUCGGAUUUGUUGUUGGCGUUAUACAGAUUUUUGGAUUAAUAUCUUCGAUGAUCUUGUUUUGUUUUACUCGUCGCCGUGCCGGGUUUAAAACUUACACAGCUGUGAAAUCACAAUCUUUUGCUGUAUAGACUUCAAGAAAGAAAUGGUUCUUUUUUAACCGGGAACAAUCUCGUUAUAAUUGUUUCGGCUUUUUGUUUCACUUAUACUGUUUCUCAUUAUAGUGCCAAAAUAAUUUUGAAUCUGAACUAAUUCUAGUAUCACAAGACCGCUCGUUCAGACCUUACUGAUUGAGCGUGACACCUGAAGUGUAUAAUAUGACAGAUUUUUCUUUUUCAACUUCCAACCGCUUUCGACACCUGCGUGUGUUGAAAAAUUGCGAUUUUUAUGUUUUUAUGUUGUAAAUUAAUUUUAGCCCCUGUAUCCUCUGCUUCACUUCUUUUUUUGGUAGACUGAACUCCUGUGAUAUUUGUCAAAUAACCACUUCAGCUAAACGCAGCAUAAUGAAAACUCUUUGUAGCUAAUGUUCUUGCAGCAAACAACUUUUUCUUUUAGCUUUAAUGAAUCUCCUAAUAUGUUAAUUGAAAUCUCAAAUAUAUACUACUCAUACAAA